AUGGACGGAGCAGCGCCGCCUGGCCCGCACACUGAUGAGAGCUUGGCCUCUGUCGCAACUUCACCUCCUGCCAUCCCGCAGCGAACCCCCUCUCAGACGAGUCUGCACAAGGCCACCCACGUUUCCACGCAUCGCCAGAGCUUCGCCGAGAAUCUGAGAAAUGCCCCAGGCUCACCUCGUGCCCAACGUCAUCCUUCUUUUACCCAGGCCGCCGUCCAAGAGCUGCUGAACCAUCCCCCGGCUGCCGUCAAACACUCGAACCCACGAUUCGCUGGUCGCGACUGGCGCGAUAUCUCAGUCAACGAACUAGUCAACCAAGAUGAUGUGAAAUGGGUCAACUUGGACUCCAGCAUCGAGGAAGCCUCUAUGAUCCUCGUCAAGCACAGCCCUUCCAAUGUUGUCCUUAUUCGAGAAGAUGCCUCGUCCAAGACCGCCGUUUCGACCUUUGACUAUAAUGAUCUCAACACAUAUCUUUUGAUAGUCGUGGGAUUAGCGAAGCCCGACGAGGAACAGAUCGCCAUUUACGACGACAUUGCAACGAAGGCUCGCGAAGGAACUAGCAUAGCCUUGCGCGAUAUCCAGCCUCUCUUCAGAAAAGAGUCCCUUGUCACCCUUCCCUUUGACGAAACGCUUGACAAAGCCAUCGAAGUCUUCGGCAGUGGCAUUCACCGUGUAUUGGUGACCAGCCCUGGGGGCGAUGUGAUCGGUAUUCUCAGUCAGCUCAAGCUGGUUGAGUUCUUCUGGAAUGAAGGCAUCAACUUCCCUGCCAUAGACAAGCUCUACCCCGUGAUCUUGCGAGAUCUUGGCAUCGGUACCCAGCAAAUCAUCGCCGUCAACUCAGAUAGCCCAUUGGGGGACGCGCUUGCUUUGAUGAACACCGAAGGACUCACAAGCGUUGCCGUCAUUGAUAACGGACACAACGUCGUGGGCAACAUUUCCACCGUGGAUGUAAAGCACCUUACAAACGCCGCCGAUGCGCCUCUCCUCCAGUCGUCGUGUAUGCACUUCAUCUCCGUUAUUUUGAGUGAGCGUGGCGUCGAGCACGGUCGUGAUUCCUUUCCGGUUUUCUACGUCAACCCUUAUUCGACCUUGGCACACACCGUUGCGAAGCUGGUUGCCACGCAAUCUCAUCGCAUGUGGGUUGUAGAGUCGGCGUCCCCGUCCCCGUCCGCGCCUGCGACCCCCUUGCUAGCUCCGACCACGGUCAUGGUACCGGGCUCGGGCUCCGCACCACAGUCCCCGCUCCCGCCACAAGUACACAACGCAGUGCCCGCUGCAGCGAUGCCUGGUGCUCAUCUCUCGGGGCGCCUCACAGGCGUUAUCUCUUUGACCGAUAUCCUGAACAUGUUUGCAAAGUCGUCCGGUCUGCGGCCAUCAGACCCCGGUGAGCAGAGGGCUCGACGCCGUAGGAGCUCAAGCAGCUCCGUCCGGCCAAGCCUCGAUUCAUCACGGGCAAGCCUCGACCUGCGUCGGUGA